UAGUAGAGAGUGAGAAGACCUUUUAUAUUCAUGCUGUUUUUUGUUCUUUUUAGGCUUGGCGAAAGCAUUGCUGCCAAUAAUGCAUAUAAACAACAGAGCACUGACCAUGUAAUGAAAAAAGUUCCUGUCCAUCAGCAUUCAGCAAGCAUUGUCAAAUCAAAAUGUUUAAGUACAACCAAUGUUGCCAGAUCUAAUAUCCAUGAGUUGAUUGAUAAAUUGCAGUUAGGAGUGGAGGUGAAGGAACAAGUCAAGGAUGUGAGACUGUCAGAUGUAAUGGAUGUAUACGAACAGAAGCUUUCAUCUCUUGCUUCCAAAGAAAACCGUUUGCAGGACUUACUGGAAGCCAAGGCACUGGCCCUAGCACAAGCAGAUCGUUUGAUUGCCCAGUACCGUUGUCAGAGAGCCCAUGCAGAAGCAGAGGCACGACAGUUGGCUUCACUUCUAAUGGAUGCAGAGAGAAAAAAUGAAGAACUUGAUGGAGUACUGAAGACCCAACUAUUGGAAUCCGACCGUGCCAAGGCUGAUAUUCAAGAGCUCUAUCAGCAUAAUUGUAAACUACAGGCUAUUUCUGAAGAGCACGAGUCCUUAAAAGUUACCUCAAAAAGUCUUGCUCAAAAUCUUGAGACAGUCGAAAGGCAACUUGAAGAACUACAGACUGAACAUAAUUCCUUAAGUAAACAAAGCGAGCUGCUCAAAAGGCAAAUUGACACCCUUAAACAACAGAAUGAUAGAUGCCUUGCUCAUUUAGCAGAGCUGGAAGCACAGAAGAAUGAUUUGUGCAUUCAGUUAAAGGAAAAGGACACUAAAUUAUUGGGUUUGGAGCAAAAACUCCAGGCACAACAAGAAAAAACAAAGCUAUCAGAGAAGGAAAAACAGAACCUAGAAGAAGCUAUUGACGUUCUCCAAAAGGAGCUUAGCAAAACGGAAAUAGCCAGGAAAGAGCUCAGUAUUAAGUUGUCAUCCUUAGAAGUGCAGAAAUCCCAAGUAGAAGCACAAUUACAACAAAAAGAAGCCCUUGUCCAAGCGCAACAGGACGAACUCAACAAGCACUCUCAAAUGAUAGCAAUGAUUCACAGUCUGAGUAGUAGCAAACUACAAUCAAAUACAGUAAAUCUCAGUCUGUAACCAUGUUUGUGAUUUUUAAUUUUUAGAGAAAUGGGUAAUGACACCAGUGUUUGCGUGUAGUCUUUGUAUCUGAUGCAUUAAAUAUUCACCCUAAGGGACUAAAACUGCAAAUUACUUUUAAUAAAGAAUUUGUAACCAUUAGUAUUUAAGAAGGGUUUGCUUCAGAUUUGAGUGUUUGAAGUUGCUACAUUUUUGAAUUGUAUUGUUUUAAGCACAAUUGCUAACAAGGACUUAGCAAACCAGGAAAUUCCAGUCUUUAAAUAUGAUGUGAUGAUUCCAAGCUAUAUUUUUGUUUGACUGCAUUAUUAGUCUCAACAUAUUACAUACUCUGGCCAUAAUCUGACUAACUGUAGGUGGUUUGGGCCAAAACAUGUGUUAUUGGGCCAGUACUGUUUCUUUUGAGUAGACAUGACUUCAGAAUUGGAAAUUAGCUGUUUCAUAUUUGAGCAACUUUGUGCCCCACUGAAAUGCAGUACAAGAAUUCUCCAGUUAUAUUAGUAUCAGACUUGAUUUUGUUUUCAGUGUACUGUCCUAGAUUCUGAUGCCAAAUGGAUCAUUGCUAUAUCAUUCCAGAAGGAAUCCAUUUUAUCUUAAUUGUUAAAAAUAUCUUAAUCGUGCUAGUUAGCAGUUUAUGCACGAUGCAAAUGAAUGGAGAUUUUAUAUGCUUUUCAAUGUUUUUAGAAAUGUCCCUGAUCAAAUUGGGAACGCACUGCUUUGAAUGUAAGAAAAAUCAAUGUGCUGAUUUUGUAUUUAAAAUAACCAACAUUAUUCUACUGAAAAUACAAAGAAACGAUUGGAGUUGAACAUUCCUAUCACUUGUUUAAUUCCUGUUCACCUUUGUAAUGAAUUUUGGUACUGUCAUGAACCUGUCAUUUUUAGAUGUACUGUUUCAUUUUCAAUUGGUUAUGUACAGCCAUAAAUUGUUAUAUCUUUAUUUUUCUUCCUUCUCCUGAUAGAGAAAGUAACAUUUAAAAAAAUAAAAUGUACUUGAAAUUAAAUGCAAACUAUCAUUCAUACCAUA